AUGGGGAGGAGGCCUUGCUGCUCCAAGGUGGGGCUCAACAGAGGAGCGUGGUCUGCGCAGGAAGACAAGAUCCUGACCGACUACGUCCAGACUCAUGGCGAAGGCAAAUGGAGAGACCUCCCCGAGAAAGCUGGUACGUAUGAUGGUCCAAACGAAACCCUGAAAUGGAGAACCUAUGUGGCAUGAGGUCCUCUUACUUCAUCCUCUCAGGAAUCUCCGAUACUAAUCUACAUUCGACGGUGCUCCUUCCAAAUCGUUAUCGAUAAUUCGGCAUUAUUUUUCCGAAAAAUGAUUCAAAAUAAAGAAGAUUAUGGAAAGAAAUCGUAGUUUUGACCUUGGAAUGACUUCAAGGAUUGAAACGAUGCGGGAAGAGCUGCCGCCUUCGGUGGCUGAACUAUCUCCGACCCGACAUCAAGAGGGGGAACAUCUCCGAGGACGAAGAGGACCUCAUGAUUAGACUCCACAAGCUCCUUGGAAACCGGUAAUCUAGGCUCCCCUCUUACUUCCUUUAAGAGCAAUCGCUGGGAGUCAGGUUAUUGAAGAAAGCUGAAUAUUUACUCGCAGAAUUCUUUUUGUUAGGUCGGCAUUGGACUCUUCUAGUUCUUCAUCAGGUUCUCCUUGAAUACCGAUAUCUGACUCUCUCCGUUCUUGCAGAUGGUCCCUCAUAGCUGGAAGACUCCCCGGGAGGACUGACAACGAGAUCAAGAACCACUGGAACACCAACCUCGGUAAGAGAGCGUCCCCAUCGGUUUCCCCACAGCCAGAUGCGAGAGAAAUUCCCGAGAGCCUAAAGAGAAAAACAUCGGCGGUGGGAUCCACGCCUCUACUGGCUGCGUCAGCUCAUGGGGUGAUCCGGACUAAGGCCGUCAGGUGUACCAGGCCCCUCCUCUCAACGCCGGAGAAUGCUCCGCCAAUGGCUCCUCUGGCAGACAACGACGAUGGCUUCCUAAACUUUCUGGGCGACUUCAACGUGGACGAGUUCAUGCAGGGCUUCCGGGAAAUCGACUUCCCUAACGACGAUAAUCUGAGCAGUGCAACGUCGUCUCCGCUACAGCAGCUCUUCCUGAUCGGCGGAGAGGUUCUAGAAGGCUGUGGCGGCUCCCCGAUCCAGCCAAGCUCAACCAUGGACACGAGCCAGGCUUCAAAACAAGAAGAGGGACUGCUGUGGGGGCGCUGCAGUGAUGGGCAUGGCUUCCCGGUCGAGCUAAGCCCCAUCUUUCUUCCUGUCUCUGAGGAUUUCUACUGGAACUAA